AUAUGUAAUUGUUUAAUUGUGGUGUCGCAUAAUAUUCUCUACUGUAAAUAUGCACACAAUGUAAUAUUUGUUAUAAAUGAAUGUUAUUAAUGGGAUGUGUUCAUGUCUUUGUUCCUCAGAUGUGUGUUUUGUGAAGACGAAGUGGCCACAGAGACGUUCUUUCCAUGUAAACAUCUUUCGCUGUGUAAGAAAUGCUGUCUCCCAAAGAUACCUAAACGAUGCCUCAAGUGUGGACAGAAUAUAACGAGCAAAAAUAGUUUGGGGAGUCCACAGCUGAAGGAGAAGGAUCUUCUGAGAGUGGCUAAGAGGUUAGGAAGAGAUUGGUGGCAAGUAGCAAUUUUUUUAGGAGUUGAUACAACUAAACUGAAAAUUGAUGAUGAGUCUAUUGACGCUGUAAAACAAGGCUACCUGAUGCUUUACGAAUGGUUCAGGAAUUGCGACCCAGAAACACGGACACACGCAACAUUACGUGCAGCUCUUGAAGAAGCUGAAUGUGUCGCUGCGAUGGAAUGUCUGUCAUUAGACGCAAAGUGAAUUUCUGUGUAACUGUUGUUGUUUAGCCUCAGAUUAACCUCGACCAAACAGAGACUUAUGAUCAAACGCAUUCCAGCCAGGACCAUCAUGCCUAUUUCCAAAGAGAACCCACAACCACAUUGUCCAAUAUGCCCUUCUGUACAGUGGUAUCGUGUGAAUUUAGCUACUAAUUCUAGCAGGUAUAUCAACCACAUAGUGAUCCCUUCACUGGUUUGGCUCCUUUGUUAAAAAUUCACAUUUAAAAUAAAGACAAACUUUGAAAUGUC